AUGAUAGGAAGAGCCGACAUCGAAGGAUCAAAAAGCAACGUCGCUAUGGACGCUUGGCUGCCACAAGCCAGUUAUCCCUGUGGUAACUUUUCUGACACCUCUUACCAGAAACUCUCUGGAUUAAAAGGAUCGAUAGGCCACGCUUUCGCGGUCUAUACUCGUACUGAAAGUCAAGAUCAAGCGAGCUUUUACCCUUUUGCUCUACGAGAGGUUUCCGUCCUCUCUGAGCUAGCCUUAGGACACCUGCGUUACAGUUUGACAGAUGUACCGCCCCAGUCAAACUCCCCGCCUGACAAUGUCUUCGGCGAGAGUCAGCACUGGGCAGAAAUCAGAGACAGUAAACGUCCACAAGGACCAUCUGUCUCCUCUGUUUUAAUUAGACAGUCGGAUUCCCCGAGUCCGUACCAGUUCCAGAUACUAAGCCCGAAGGCAAAGCACACACCUGUAAAUGUCCACAAGUUGGUCAUAUCACUAGUCCAGCGUCAGCGCGCUUCAAACACGCACAUCUGCCGGCCACGGACGAAAACCGCACAAGCAUCAAUUAACAGGCCAACCGACCCGGUCACUGGAGCCAAUCCUUUUCCCGAAGUUACGGAUCUAAUUUGCCGACUUCCCUUACCUACAUUAUUCUAUCGACUAGAGGCUGUUCACCUUGGAGACCUGAUGCGGAUAUCGGAUCGUCCAGAGAACACGAGACAUCACAGAAACCGCGAUGCUUUACGGAAACAACGUCCCUAUCUACGGCUGAACCGAUUCCAGGGAGUCCGUUCCUUAACUAGAGAAGAGAACUCUAGCUCGAUCUCUGAGCGAUGUAAUCAAGUUCGAAUGCGUUACCGCGCAAGCGACUCAUACGAAUCACAAUCUCUGUGUCUACGAUCGACUGACCCACAUUCAACUACUGUUCACGUGGAACCCUUCUCCACUUCAUCUUUCGCCCCUAUACCUAAGUCUAUCGAUCGAUUUGCACGUCAGAACCGAUACGGACUUCCAUCAGAGUUUCCUCUGACUUCGUCCUGCUCAGGCAUAGUUCACCAUCUUUCGGGUCGCAACCUGUACGCUCUACCGCUGCCCAUCUGCAUGCAGACAAGACAGGGCCAUGGUGUGACAUCUCGCCAAAUAUAUAUUUAUACGGACGUUUCCCAUGUCAGCCGGUUAACCGUGCCUUCACUUUCAUUUCGCUUUAAGGUUUUUCACCUAUUCACUCGCGUACAAAUUACACUCCUCGGUCCGUGUUUCAAGACGGGUCGGAGAGGUGGUUGA